AUGGCGCAAAUACGCAUCUUUCUAGCCUUUCUAGCCCUUACAUGGGUCGCUGCCGCUAUGGCGGUACCUGGGAAGCCAGCUAAUGCACACAAAACGGAAGAAGUGCCGUCAGCCAAUCGCCGAGCAGGAAUCGCAGAGAAAGUGUUUGCGCACAAGUCCGGGUGGUAUGGGCCUCUAGCCAAGUGGAACCCCGAUGUCGUCGUGGCGCAGGACGGCUCUGGGAAGUUCAAGAGCAUUCAGAAAGCGAUUGACAGCGUGAGGCCACUGGUCAAAAGGCCAAACCGGAAGGCUGUCGUCAUUUAUGUAAAGAAAGGGCUUUACUUCGAAGAGGUCACUAUUCCUGAGGGCAAGGCCAAAAUCACUCUGGUGGGCGACCCUGGCGAAACCAGAAUUCGUUACAACAAGUACUCUGCGAAACUUGACAAGAACGGCAACCCGCUAGGAACUGCCAAUACUGGUACACUUGCCGUACUCGCCGACGAUUUCACGAUGGUCAACAUGAUCGUUGAGAAUGCUUCGCCGCGUCCCCCGCCUGCGACGAUUGGUUACCAGGCCGUCGCAUUUCGCUCUGCCGGCAACCGCACAAUCGUGUUCAACUCCAGCUUCUACUCUUACCAGGACACGCUAUACGCCCACAGAGGAACCCACUAUUACAAGAACUGUUUCAUCUUCGGCGAGGUUGAUUUCGUCUUCGGCGCCGCGAAAGCUAUCUUCGACUCGUCCACAUUCUACAUGGAUUCCAUGGGCUACGCCGCCGUCACCGCGAACUACCGCAUGUCAAAAACUGAGGACUCAUGCUUCGUGAUCAUGAACUCGCACAUCACCGGGCGCAACCAGGGCUGGCUCGGCCGCUCCUGGGGCAAAUACGCCUGCACCGUCGUUGCCAACACCUAUAUGGACAAGGCCGUUCGCCCUGACGGAUGGAACGAUUUCGGGGUUGUUGCGCGGCAAGUGAAUUCCUUCUUUGCCGAGUACAACAACCGUGGCAUCGGCGCGAACCUGGACGGCCGCGUGUGGUGGCAAAAGGUCAUCGAACCCGCUCAGGUAAAGAAGUACGUGACGACCGAGUACAUCGGACUGAGCAAGUGGAUCCGCGCUCUCCCCAUUGCCCCAAAGAGGAGCGGAGGCGGCAAGAAGGGCGGAAGCGGCGGAAGCAGCAAGAAAAGUGGAGGCAAGACGGCACAGCAGAGCGCCCCUGCAAAGAAGCCGCAGCAGCACCCUGCGAGGAAGCCGCAGCAUCCCGCGAGGAAGCCGCAGCAGCAGCCCGGAAAGAAACAGCCGCAGCCUGCGCAAAAGAAGCCCCAUGCCAAGGCGACGACGACUCAGGAAAUUAUCACCGAAGGUCAGCUCGCGGCUGCCGCUGACGUGGCUCCUGCUCUUGUCGCUGCUGCCGCUGCCACACCUCUCCAGGAGCAACAGCAGCCAGCCGUUGUGGCCCAGCCAUACAGUGUGUGCCAGACGAUGCAGCCGGAUCUUGCCACCCGCGACAGAAUCUGUACGCGUUGCUGUCAGAUCCGUGUCCCGGUACCAGAGCAACGUGCCUGCAUGGACGCUUGCAUCGGGAUCUGA